GGAGCCGUUUCCCCCCUCCCCUUCCCCCGUUUCCAGGGAAAUCCAGAUGUUUGGGCCCAGCUCCGGCAUUGCUCAGCCUCCUGCCAGAUGUUUCCUCUCCCUCCGGGCAGGGGUGUGUGCUCCUCGCUGGGGACACCGGGAGGGGGACAGCGCUCCCCCAAGCCAGCACCUCCACAGGGGCUUCUCCCGCAUCCCGCAGGGGCUGUCCCUGCUCCCGCUGGGAAUUGGCAGGGGGAGGCCGGGAGCAGGGAGAGCAGGGGGCUUGCAGCGGGUCUGUGCAGUGAUGCAAACCGCUUCCGGAGGCUCGCAGGAAGGAGCUGGGGGUCAGGCAGAGACCCUGGGGGCAUCUGCCUGCUCCUGGGGCAGCAGCCCAGGGCUAUGGGUGUGCGAGGUCCUGCUCUGCCCCACACUUCCCCACGCCUGAAGGGACCCAGAGCUAGCACUGAUUGGGGCUGGGCCCUCAACCCAUCGCCCUCUGGCUCUCCCUACUUCGGGGCUCAUGGGGCUGAGGCAGCGCUGUCCCAUCCCAUGGGAAUCCCAUAUUCCCCACCCAGGGUGAGGGAGCACAAAGCAGCUCCUUGUGCCACUCCAUCCCUCCUUCCUGGCACGGCAGGGUCGGGGUCUCCAGCCAGCGCUGAGUCCCAGCCCUGCUCCCUGCCCUUGCGAAUGCUCAGCGUUUCUGGCCUUCAUCAGCUGCUCCCAUAGGCUAUUCCUCCCCCUCUUCCUCCUCCUCCACAUGGAGGAGCAGCACAUUGGGCUUCCCAGCGCAGCCCCUGGCCCCGGUUCCCCUCGCCCAGGCGGGAACAAACCCGCUCUGUGAGCACAAACAGAGCAUCCUUCAUCACCAUGGGGCACUGUUCCCCUUCCUCAUCCUCCCCCGGCACCCUGGGCUGGUCAAUAGUGGGAUUGUGUGAAGCAAGAGCACGCAGCCCCACACUGGAGAGCGCCUGUCGUUGGAUGAGCAUCCUGCCUGCACCCUGCUGCGGUGGGCUGUCGAUGGCACAUCCCUGUGUCCUGCAGACCUGGACAAGCUGCUGUCGGACCUGCGGUCUUUCCUGCUCAUCCUGGACCGGGAAAGCCUCAGCUCCGUGGCUCGGGAUAAGAAGAAGUCGGUGGCUGAGCUCCUGUCGCGGCUGCAGAGCCCCUCGAACCCUCAUUCCCAGGAUUCCGGGCUCCUCAACUCGCGCACAACGCUGCUUUCCCCCCAGGAGCCAGGAGGAUGGAUGCAACAGGAGGAAGAACCUGUGAGUGCCACACAACCGGGACCCUGAGCCCGCACGGAGGGAGCAAGGUCCCUGGUGUCUCACAGUCCCCGCCAGCCGAUGACUCCUAUGAAGAUGCUGAACCCCUCGGUCCCAGCCGCUGCUCCGGUGAGCACCGCAACGCAUCCCCUCCCCGUCACCCGCACACACCCAGCACCCUGGUGCCAGCCCGGCUCUCAGGUGGUGCCGACACCGACAGCAGCCACUACGAGUCGUACGAGGAGGAUGAGGAGGGUGUGAAGGACCGUGCCCACUACCUGCGGCGGCCGCCGGGCACCGGCCGCGAUGCUGAGCCCAGCGGGCGCCCCGAGGCGCAGCUCUGCGGCUUCCUCUGGAGGAAGCGCUGGCUGGGGCAGUGGGCGAAGCAGCUCUUCAUCGUCCGCGAGCAUGUGCUGCUGUGUUUCAGGUACGCCGCCGACCCGCAGCCGGUGCUGGAGCUGGACCUGCGGGGCUGCCACGUCACCUGUAAGGCCAAGCAAGGCAGGAAGAUGCCGCACACCCUGAAGGUGACGGGGACAGCGGGAGAGGUGCUCGUCAUCGGCUUCCAGAGCCGGCAGCAGGCUGAGGACUGGAGGAAGGUGAUUGAAGAGGUCAGCAGCAAUGCCCCGGGAGGGCUGGCAUCUAUCAGCACCCCAUCACCACCAUCCUCCAGGCUCAGCAGGGCUGGCAAGGAGGAAGAGGAGGAUUGCUCGCGGCAGAGCCAUGCCCGCAGCCCGCGGGCUGGAGAGGACGCCAAAGGAGGGUUCCUGUCGGUGCGGCUACGCGGGCGCUGGCAGCGGCUGUGGUGCGCGGUGCGGCAGGGAGUCCUGCGCAUGGUCCCGGAGCCCGGCAGCGCCCAGCACCCCGGCUGCGCCCUGCGCCUGGAGGGAUGCGAGGUGACCCCCGGCACGGCCACCGGCUCCCCUCAGCGCCUCCGCAUCCGCAUCGCCCAGCGCGGCCGGGAGCUCGCCCUGCUGCAGACGCGUUCGGAUGAGGAGAGGGAAGCCUGGUUGAAGACCCUGCAGGCCAGGGGAGAAGCCGAACCAGCCAGCAACAGUCCCCACGAUGAGAAACCCAGGCUGGGCAAUGCCAGCAGCUGCCCUGCUGCAGGCGGGCUGCUCCAGCGCCGUGUCCCGACACCCAACGCCUACAUGGAUGAUCCCUUCGGGCAGCUCCCACCAGCUGAGGCUCCCAAGCAUCUCUACUCCAACAUGGAGCGGCUGCAGCAGCUGCAGCAGAACUUGGACCGAGCAGUGCAAGGGCAGCGCAGGAGACCCAUGUCUGCGCUGCCCAUGGGUGCCUGCAGCAGCACUCUGCAUGCAGCACCAGCAGCAGCUCUCCGGAGCAGGGCCGCCAGCCCGCAGUGGGUGAAGGUGAGCUCCGAUCUCUGGAGCAAGGAUCUCUCCCAGUCCCAGCGCACCCUGACGCUGCCUGAGAGGAAAGGAACUCGGGAUGGGCUGGAUAUCCUCAUCGGGAAAAGAGCCUUCCCGAAGCUGCAGGAGAAGGUGGGGCAGCUGGAGAGAGCCUGCCGCAUGAAGGGCAGGCUGAAGGCUGGCUCCGAGAUGAACCUGCUGGCCAUCGGCACGUCCCUGAAGGGCCGCAUCGCUGCCACCAGCGGCUCGGCUGGCUCCGAGCAGGGCUCGUUCCUCACGCCGCUGCUGAAGCGCACGGCAUCGGCCAGGAGCGCCCUGAGGCCGUCACCACCCUCCCCGCUCAUGGUGGAGAGGGGAAAUGUGCUGCAGAAGAGAAAGGAGUGGGAGUUGAAGUCUGUGAUGUGAUCGGCACCGCAGCAGCUUCGGGGCACCCCUCAACUGAACGGAGGCUGCACGUGGACCGUGCAGGACCCGCCUGGUGCCUGGUUUUAACCAUCAAUAUCAACGCUACAACUACGCACAUCUAUUUUUUAUAUAUAUAUACACAUAUAAAUUGUCCAUCCGUGGGUCUGAGUAUCCCUGGAAUGGCUGGAGGGGGGUGAGCCCCUCACAGCGUCACCCCCUUCUCACCCAUCCCAAAACCUUGGUUUUAGGGCACAGAUUUCCCCAUUGCAACCUCGCGAGCUGCUGGUUCUGUCCCUAAUGUGGGUCCAGAGCAUCAUCAGCAGAGACCCUGGUCACGAGGUGGGAUGUGGAUACACCCCUGUCCAAGCAUCCAGGGGACACACACAGAGUGAUGGCGGGUGCUUGAGGCACUUAACUGCACCUUCCUGGAGCCGGCAGGACCCAGGCUGGGCCCUGGGCUGCUCCCCAGUGCUGUGCUCGUCACAGCUCGGGGUCCAUUGCGGAAAUGCGGGGUUUAAGGAUUAAAAUGACAAUAAUAAUAAUUAGUCCCAA